UUGUCAACGCUUCCCAAUUGGACGCCUAAAGACAUACGAGAGUCUCAACUCGAGAAUGAGCUGAAAGAGUGUUGUGGCCGUGUGUUUAUCGAUAGCGCGCCCGAGUUUUGUAUACCCGAAACGUCGACCAUUAACUUGAAACACGUGGAUGUGAUACUGAUCUCCAAUUAUCAGUCAAUGUUAGCGCUUCCGUACAUCACUGAACGCACAGAAUUCAAUGGCAUUGUGUUGGCCACUGAACCCACUCUUCAGAUCGCCAAACAAUUUAUGGACGAAAUGGUUAAAUACAUUGAAAGGACGCCCAAAGCCAGACAGGCGUCGCUCUGGAAGAAGUCCAACGUUUAUAAACACAUUCCUCUGGCUUUCAAUAUGGAUAGCAAUCAAAAUAGUAAACCAUUUCUGUGGCAACAGAUCUACUCGACUAAAGAGCUCAACAAUUCUCUCGCGAAAGUCAAAGUGAUUGGAUUUGCGGAACAAAUAGAUAUCUUUGGCUCACUUCAAGCGCAACCGUUUAGCGCCGGCUAUUGUAUCGGUUCCUGCAAUUGGGUUAUCACUAGUAAUCACGAGAAGAUUGUCUAUUUGUCGAACUCAUCCACACUCACAACACACCCCAAACCCAUGGAUCACAUUCCUCUGCGGAAUGCGGACGUUCUGGUGCUCAACAAUUUGAGUCAAACACCACACGUCAAUCCCGACUCAAUGUUAGGCGAAUUUUGCGUUAAUAUUGCGAAAGCGCUUCAAACGGGUGGCAAUGUUUUAGUUCCCUGUUAUUCAUCUGGUGUUAUAUACGAUCUGUUUGAAUGUCUGGCUUUACAUCUGGAACAGAGCGGACACGUAUCGGUUCCCAUGUAUUUCGUGUCUCCAGUGGCGGAGCACUCGUUGGCCUACUCUAACAUAUUGGCCGAAUGGCUCACAAGCAACAAACAGUCCAGAGUUUACAUUCCCGAAGAGCCCUUUCCACACGCGGCGCUCGUACGCGGCGGACGACUAAAACAUUUCUCAAGCAUUAGUCUCGACUCAUUCAACACUGAAUUCAAAACGCCUUGUAUUGUAUUCACUGGUCAUCCGUCCCUUCGUUUCGGUGAUAUCGUUCACUUAAUCGAAUUGUGGGGCAAUUCGUCCAAUAAUCUCAUUGUCUUUACCGAGCCUGAUUUUCCAUAUAUGGAAGCGUUGUCCCCAUACCAGCCGUUGGCAAUGCGUGUGGUUUACUGUCCGAUCGACACGAGUCUUAACUUUUCUCAAGCGAACAAAUUGUUACGUGAUUUGAAGCCUAAAAAUCUAAUAAUCCCUCAAAGCUAUACAACUCCGCCGCCACUUCUUAAACAUCGGACAGAUUUGGUGAUCGAUUGCGAGGCAACUGUUUUCUCAUACAAACGAAAUAAUGUCAUAAAACUGCCGAUUAAGAGAUGUUUCGAAAGAAUUGAUAUCGAAUCCGAUUUGGCGUCCAAUCUAUUGCCAGUGGAAGUGCGUUCGGGUGUGAGUAUAGCGACAGUGACGGGCUCUCUGAUGGCCAAAGACAACAAAUUCAAGCUCCAGAAGUUGACCAAAUCUCAAAUGCAUGAACUGACGAGUGAAUCGCCCACUCAUACCCUUCCGCCCAUUAACUACACGUGGGGUUCAAUUGAUUUGCCGCUCUUUAUGUCUCUCAUAUCAAAGGCUGGCAUUUAUGACGCCGUCGUCGACCAGAACCCAAACGGAUGUGUCGUUCAUAUCAGAUCUCAUGAGACUGUGGUUCAGAUGGAGGAGAACUCAACAACAAUAGUGUGUGACUCGAACUCCAAGAUUCGGCUCAUCUUAAGAGACAUUAUAUCCGAGUGUCUGAAAAGAAUAUAAAGAUUUGGCGAUUCAUUAGGAGAUGUGUUGUUACGAGCGGUCGAAACCACUGAAGACUACUUCAGAACCUCUUUCAUCUGUUUUUCCAUUAAUUGAAUGUGUUUUGAGUCAAACUUAACCGAUAUUUAUAUGAGCGCGGAGUCAGAAGAUAGCAGUAAUAGUAGUGGUUAUUGUCUGCCCACCCAUACUAUCACUACUGCCAGUGCACUCUCUCUCUAUGCUGUUCUUCAGUAAAGAUGAAUGAAAUAUAGGCAGUGAAGUGAGUACUGGUGUGUAUAUACUGUAUAUUAUUCUCGAUCCUAUGCCUGUCCUCUCACUUGAAUGUGACUUUGAUUUGGACUGCGCUUAACCUCUACUUAAAAUCUAAACACUACUCUUCAUACCAAAUACACACCUGUUCUCACUUUUCCCAAAUCUAUUAAACACUUCAACAGAUAUCCCA